AUGGCUGCCUUUGAGCCGCAUUGGCCGCCUGCCGCAGCCAUGUCCGCUUAUGAUGAUGACUCCGUGGUCUCCGGCUCGCCCGCCCUUCUCGAUGAGAGCUUCGUAGCUCCUCCCACCUAUGCCGCCUUUUCGCCCGUCACACUCUCUGCGAAUACACCGUCGAGAUCCUCGCGUCGGUCGACCGUCCUUGUCCACCAGAAGAGCCCGUUAUUACUCGCCACCCCACCCCAGAUCACACGAGCUCUCGCAUAUAGCCAUCCGUUUCUCCUACCGCUCAAUACCUUUGUUGGCCUGUUGACGUGGAGCACUGGUGACCCAUGGCAGAGCUUUCUUUUUCUCUCCGCAUUUUGGUUCAGCGUUCUUUAUGGCGACACCAUUCUGAUGAGGGCCGGCCCUGUCGCUGUCGGCAUCAGCAUCAUCAUUGCCAUGUACGGUCGCCGCUACAGCCCGCUUAGUAGCAGCGGCUGGCGUAAGCCAGGCAAACCUAAUAAGAAAAAGUCGUCAACUACUGCGCAGUUUUCGAAUGCAGACGGGGAGGCUAGCACUUCGAACACGCCAAGCAAACCGAAAAAGCAGGAGGAUAGCAGCACUAAACACCAAAAGACCCUCGACGAGAUUGUCGAGACUCUUAAAGAGUUUACCGGCCGCUGUAACUCACUGAUGGAACCGAUGCUCGAAAUGACAGACUUUCUCAGCACCCAGCGCACUGCCACUAGUGCUACUACCAGGCCUGCCUUGACUGCCAUGUUUAUGCGCCUUCUCAUCGUCACACCGUUCUGGUUUGCACUCACUAUGCCGCCUUUGAGAAUCAUUACCGUCCGCCGAGUUGUCCUAAUUGUCGGUACAAUUGCGCUUACCUGGCAUGCCCGUGUAAUGCGCGUCUGCAGGACUAUCCUCUGGCGAAGUAAGACUGUCCGCCGUUUCGCUGCCGCCGUUACAGGCCUUCGCUUUGACACACCCGCAAGGAACGCAGCUGCCGCUCAGCUCCAAGCUGCGCAGCACGGUCACCGCCGCAACGACAGCACGCGCAGUGUAAAGAGCUCUGGCGUCAAGUUUACCUUUAUCAUUUACGAGAACCAGAGACGCUGGAUUGGACUGGGGUGGACCCAUAGCCUGUUCGCUUACGAGAGGGCUACCUGGACUGAUGAGCACAACAACGCUCUUCCUUCAAAAGACGAUUUCGAGCUGCCGCACGUUGAGGAUGGAAGCCGCAUGGAGUGGCAAUGGGCCGAAGGCAGUCGCUGGCGCGUGGAUGGUGUUGCAGACGAAAAUGGAGCUGUGGACUAUGAUGGCUCAGCAGGCCGCAACGGCUGGAUAUACUAUGAUACCAAGUGGAAUAAUGGACGCCGUGCAGUUGACGGUUGGGGCAAGUGGACGAGAAGACGCAAGUGGUAUCGAGAUGCUGAGCUUGUCGAAGUCGAGAAACCCGACCGUCGCCAGGCUGCCGCCAAAGACAAUGCUUCACUGCAUAGCAAGUCCGACUCUGCCUCCGUGGCCAACGUUCCUACCAUUGUGGAGGAUGAAAAGACCGAUGAUGCAAAUGCCAAAUUGAUUGACGAUAAUGCAUCCGUGUACUCUACCUCUUCGAAAUCGUCAUUUUGGCCUCCAAUGCUGCGGAAGCGGGCCACGGACCGUACUGCCGCUGACAAGGAGAAGGAGAAGAGAGAAGCUCGCGGUAAGCGAGCCACCGAAAGACAAGACAGCGGACCAGAUACGAGCGGCUUGGGCAUUGAAGUUGAAAUGGAGCUGCAACGACAAGGCAAAGAUGGCGGCCAGUGGGGCAUCGGCGAUGAUGCCAGGAUGAAUCUAGAAUGA